AUGAAUGUAUCGGGGACAUUGAGCUUCUUCAGGCUCUUCAGAGACCCUUCUCUAUGCUUGCCUCAUCAUACUGUCUCCACCUUCAACCAUCUACCAAUUCCCNUUUCUCGUGCUUUUAACAAAGCAGAUGGUGAGAAGAAGGUAGACAUUAGGGCCGUUGUGCUUGACAAAGACAACUGUUUUGCUGUACCAAAGGAAAAUGAGGUCUACAAGGCUUAUAAGGUAAGCUACCGUUUUGUGAAGNAACGCUUCGAAGAACUCCGCAAAGCAUAUCCUGGAUCUCGGUUGCUAAUAGUAUCAAACUCUGCUGGAACCCUAUCAGAUCCUACUGGAGCAGAAGCAGAUCUCUUGGAGAAGAAUACUGGAGUCAAAGUUCUUAGGCACAACACAAAGAAACCUGGCUGCCAUCCUGAUGUACUGUCCUAUCUCCGUGAUGCACCAGACACAGGAGUCACGCACCCGUCUCAAAUCGCUAUUGUAGGAGACAGGCUCUUCACCGAUGUGAUGAUGGCAAACAUGAUGGGCUCAUACGGCUUCUGGAUCAAAGACGGUGUCGUAGAAGAAAAAGGACUCUUCGUGAAACUCGAGAGAAGUCUUGCAGGCUUCCUCACUCGCCGUGGCUACGUUCCGCCAUCCNCCCAAAACCAGUUUGAGUAG